CCUGGAGCAAGGCAGCGACCCCUUCGAAUGCCAUGGCUGGCUUUCGGGGUAGUGGGAUCUACCCGUUGAACCCAGCCCUCAUUGACGCUGCCCUCUUCGUGCCAAGUGAAACAAUGGACAGAGAGCAUGGUAGUGCCCCACCAACCCAUAACCCUCCGCAGCAUUUUCUACAGGCAGCCGUGCACACACCUCACCUCCAUCCCGAGGCCCAUCCACUGCAUGGCCCUGUGCAGGCAGCUGUGCGCCUUCCUCACCUCCAUCCUAGGACAACCCUAUGCAUGCCCCUCCUCAGCAGCAUCACUGUCAGUGCCCUUUGGCAGUGCCCCAGGAUGCUGUACCACCUCUGGCACACGAGGUUGAGGUGGAGAUGGCAGUGGUAGAUGUCGUGAAGGAAACAGCAGUCUCAUUUAAGGACUUAGUCCAGGUUCCAGUCCGAGAAAGACCAACCACCAUCCGAAAGAGAUUAAAACCGCCAUCCAUGAGCUUCACAAGCGAUGAACAUUUUGCAUAUGUUCAAGGGAAAGGAAAGGGCAAAGGGCCAAAGCCAAAGCCAAAUCCCAAGAAGAAGAAGGAGGAGCCAUGUACCAUCUGCCACCAUGCAUAUGGGGACAGAGAUGAUCCCAAAAGUGCCGAAGAGUGGCUGUGCUGUGUGGUUUGCAGCCAUUGGUAUCACGAAACAUGUGCAGAAGAUAAUGGCGUGAUAGAUGAUGAUGGGACUCUCACCUGCAAGGAGUGUUUGUUCCCCAACUGCAGUUCGAAAAAAACCCUUCACUGCAAAGGCUGCUGUCGAGGGAUCCAUGAAGAGGUGGCUUCAUUUGGCAGCACACAGAGAGGGUGGACGCAAGAGACGGCUCCUCCAAAAAGAAGUUAUUUAGAGAGAGAGAGAGAGAGUGAAUGCCUGAACUGUUUCAUUGCAUUAGUGAUCGGAGGAUGGCGUUUGUGCUCGAAGAUAUCAGACUGUUUCAUCGCAUCGUGGUCGUUUUGGAUUCACGUCAGGAGGGGGAAGACGAGCUGGACUUCACUAUGGACGGAUUGCGCAAUCAGAAGGCUUGUUCAUAAAGACGGAAAAGUUUCUUCAUCGUUUGUUUCGGCGAGGACUCUGUAGGCACCUAUACACUCAUAUUGACUGAACUGAGCCAAACACAUUCCUACCUCUUUCAAGACUUUGGUAUUCAUCUAUUUUUUUUUUUUUUGGACUGUUUUGGACUAUUUCCUUUCUAAUUUUUUUUUCUCUUCAAUUGUAAUUGUUGAUUGACAGUUUUACUGUUCAAGGGCUGAAUUUAAUCAACUAAAUUCAUUAGUUGAUUUAUUGUUUGAAUGUGUGAAAAGUCGCGUCUGGUGUGAACGCACAGUUACAGUGUCUGGGCCAGACCUGGGCCACAUAAAACAAUACAAGUCAUAUUGUAGUGUGCUGGCCAGAUCUGGGCCACAUCAAUGAAUAAGAUCGUUUUACAGGGUGUGGGCCUCAUUUGGGCCCGAGGAAUUUAUUUUGUGUCUGUUUUCACUAUGUGGGCCAGCUUUGGGCCGGGGACCCAGCCAGAACUGGGCCAGAAUUGGAGCAAGGAUGUGGCCCAGUGCUGGGCCAGACAAAUUUUGCUAUCUGGGUAUAGAGCUGCUGCUGCUAUAGAGUUAGAACCGGUGAAUGCGGUUUACAGGUUUCAUAG